AUGAUAAAGUUGAUUGAGUUAUUAUCGGCUAAUUCAUCACGUGACCGGUCUAAUAACGUUGACGAGCUCGAGGGUCCUUACAAUAACUCAACUCCUUCCGUUAUCGAUGAAGAAGAUGAUUCUCUCCAUUUAGGGUUUAUUCCUUCAAUUUUCAUUAAUGCAAAGAAGGAUUUGUAUGUUGAUCAGAGUCUUCCGUAUGAGAAAGUGGCCAAAACUGAUGUUAUUGAAUUCAAUAGGUCAGGUGAAUUCCAAAUCGAGAAAGUGCAGCAGUUCCCAGAAAAGGCCGUGCAUGAGUUCAACAGGAAGAACCACAUCGGAUUGGGUAAGCACUCUACCAUUAUUCUCAGCCCUUCUCAUAGCAUAUUUGAUCCAGGAAAAGAUUUCAAACUCAUUAGGAGGUUUUAUUAUUCGGCUGGUGUUUAUAAAUUUGGUUUUGAUACAAUUACUUCUUAUUCUCUUACAUUAUAUGCUUGUUCAAUUUUAAUGGAUGAAUGCGAUGGGAAUUCUGUGUAUGAGUUGCUCCCUAAGAAUGGGUACUGGUCAGAUUCAUGGUCUAGUGCUUUAUUUGGUUGUAUAUCAACAAGAGGUGAUGUUUUUAGUACUUCUUGGAUACUGUUAGAUAAAAUGCCUGAAAGUGAAGCUUGGAGUUCGAUUAUUGGCGAAGAUUGUUUUCUCUUUCGACUUCAAAAGUUGCAUAUGAGUUGUUUGAUCAAGUGCUAGGUUUGUGGGGAGAUGGAUUUUUUCUUUUGCAGCUAAAGUAUGACUUGCUUGACGAGAUUUCGUUUCUUCAUCUUUGGUUAAUUAGUGUUGGUUUGGAUCUACUUGGUAACGAAGCCUAUCUGCAAGCAACUAAAUUGUCUACCCAAAUGAUUGGAAUCUUGAAUCCAGCUGGUACUUAUUACCAUUUUGUUGCUUGCUCAUGUGACCUAUGGAAGCCUUAUUGCUCGAGGGAAAGUUGAUGGAGAUUCAUAAUUCUAUGACAUAAAGGUGGAGAUCCAGUUGAUGUUUCUUUACACUCCAUUCAUGUUUGUGCUGGUGGUUUUCUUGAGAUGGAACUUGUUCUCAACAUGCUUAUGGAGUACUGAAGGUAUUAUGGUGUUAAUUCACUUGAAGAAGUUUUCAUGUGUGCUGGUAAAUUUUUUGGCUUUGGUUCCCUUCAUUUAUCUCUCAACUGCAACUGUCUGUACACCUUGCAUUGUGGCUGGUGUUCUUGUGGCAACCAACAAAUAAGUCUACACAAAUGCAAUUCCACUCGGUACUUUCUCAUUGGUUACAUUUUUAUGUGUGGACUGGCUUAUCCAACGUGGAAAGAGCAUUACAACUGCAAUUGUCUGUACACCUUGCAUUGUGGCUGGUAUUCUUGUGGCAACCAACAAAUAAGUCUAUACAAAUGCAAUUCCACUCGGUACUUUCUCAUUGGUUACAUUUUUAUGUGUGGACUGGCUUAUCCAACGUGGAAAGAGCAUAUAUGUCUCGUUUGUGCACUUGUUUGGAUAAUAGGAAUCCAUUUCAGACUCAUGAUACUUCAAUAUCCUUAUGUGGUUCAAGUGGGAGUUAUAAUGUCAGUUAGGUAUUCUAAGUGGAGUUGUCUGCACAUGUCUUGUUGUGUUUGGUAUUGCCGUUCUUCUUUCAGCCAAGUGACGGCUCUUAUGUACCUUCCAGGAGACUGUUCGGGCUCGAUAGAACCUAUUGAAAAGAAGAGGCCAGUGACAGGUUAUAACAAGGUAAAAUUCUUUCUGAGAGAAGUGAAACAAAGUACUUCCCAGCUAUCCUUCACAUUCAGAUUAUAAUUCAGUGGGUGGAUGAAGAGAGGGGGUCAUUCCAGCUCAAGCAACUCGCUGAUGGGGGUGGUAAGCACUGUACAGGUCAAGGGGGCAGUACGACUUGGAGAAGACUUUGAGAAUUAUAUUUUUACUUAGCUGGCAAGGGAGCAACACUUCUUAUUCAAUACUUUUAUACACGAGUUGUCAGUUACCAAGGGUGUCUCAUUAGUACUAUCACAGCGGGUUUGGGCUCGUGCAUAUGGUUCAACAACAGCUAAAGGAGAUAGUGGGCAAUACAACAAUGGCUUAAGGUCUUCACAGAUGCACAACCAGGCUCCAAAACAACUCUGGGUAACUGAAGUUUCUGACUCGCCACUCAUCCUUGAGGACAAGGAUGUUUCGAAGGGGAAGGGAAUGUCCUGUACUCUCGAUUAGAGGAGUUCCCUUAUCUAGUCAGUCGAUAGUUAUUAGUAGUUAGUAGUUUAAUUAGUGUUUAAUUAGUAGUUAAAGGAAUUGUAAUGGACGGUUUAGAUGUAACCAUCUGGGAAAUCAGUGAGUGUUGGAUUCUGAGUGAUAAACCUAGCUAUAUAGAGUGGAGUCCGUACUGAAAAUCCUUAACCAAAUUAUAAUCAAAUUGAAUU